AUGGAUGAUCAGAAAUUAGUUCAGGGUUCCGAGAUCGAGGAAGGUCGUGGUGCCUACCGUGCUGGAGGGUUUCAUCCCGUUUACGUCGAUGACAUUUUCGAGGACCACUACAUUGUCCUUAACAAGAUCGGCUAUGGUGCCUAUUCCACCGUUUGGUUGGUGCGGGACACUAACCGUGAAUGCGGCCACGAACACGAGUAUGUUGCCCUGAAAGUGCUGAGCGGCGAGUGCUAUUAUACGGAGAAGGAUAUUUUCGAGCGAGAAAUCUUGAAACACCUUCGCGACGGAAAACGCACUAUGCUAGGCUACCCUUUCAUCUGCCAUCUGCUAGAUGACUUUGAAAUCGAAGGCCCCAACGGAAAGCACGUCUGUCUUGUAUUUCCUCUCAUGGCCGAGACACUACGCAGCUUUGGAGCGUGGUUUAAUCGAAGUCUUGUGCCAUAUUCCACCAUGAGACGUUUUACCAUUGAGAUUGCCCUGGCGCUUGAUUAUGCCCAUAGCCAAGGCGCCAUACACACAGACAUUCAACCAGGCAACAUAUUUGUCCAGAUUCGCGACCGUAGUUUGCUGGAACGUUACUUCCGAGACCAAAAGCCACCACAUCAAGACCGCGACGUCCCUUACAUGCCUAUACCUUCAUGCUCGCUGCGACAAUACUAUUUCGAGAAAGACAAGAGUGGUAGCCUCGACGGUUUCAGCGCAGUGUUGGGAGAUUGGGGCGUGGCGAGCUGGAAAGACAACCACUUAACUGAGAAGAUUCAGCCAGUGGCUCUUCGAGCGCCGGAGGUCCUCAUAAAAGCUCCCUGGGACGAGACGACCGACUGGUGGAACCUAGGUGCUGUCGUUUUGGAAGUCUAUCGUGCCAUCCGCAUGUUUUCUGGAAUGGUCCGCAAGCCUGGAGAGGAGUCGAGUCACUAUGACGUUCGGAAGCAUCUGGCUGAGAUGGUCGACUUUUUCGGGCCGUUUCCGAGGACGCUCCUCGCCAAAGGAGACCCGGAACUGGUCAAGGAGAUCUUUAAUGAUGACGGCACGGUAUCUGGCUUCCCAGAGAAGUUUGAUCGGCCGCGCUUAGACUCCGAGGUGUGGCUAGAGGGGUUGAAUAAAGAAGAUCGGGAGGAAUUUGCGUCGUUUUUACAACUUGUGAUGAAGCUGGAUCCCAGCGAGAGGCCAGAUAUCAAGAAAAUCUUGAGACACCCCUGGCUGGACGCAUUGCGAAAUUAA